AUGGGCGGCAGACUCUCCAUGCCCAAAGGCCCAGACGGCAUCAGCGAAACCUCGAAACCCACGUCAGCCAGUGCGACCGCCCGGCUCAGCAGAAACAAGGGCAUCAUCAAUGGCCGUACGGUCAUGGCUCCGCUCGCCGCUCUCACAAUGGCUGGCCUCCUCUUCGUCUACGCCCGCACCUCGAUCCGCGCCGCCAAACUCAACGCACAGAAGCACCGCGAAGCAGAUGGCGGGCAAAUUAGCUGGCAUAAAGAGAGUCUCAGGCGACAUGGGCAGUUGGACAAGGUGGAGGAUGAUCGAGGGACUUUGAAGGAAGCGCUAAUGGGUGAUAUACAGGGCAGGAAGAAGAGGGAGAGGAAGGAGGGGGCCGGCGAGGAAACGAAGGCGCCGGUAGAGAGGUCGGAGAAUGACCAGGAGCUGAGGAAUAUGCUAGGCAAGAAAUGA